GAGCCGUGCCGUCGUACCGCUUCCGGGGCCGUCACCUUCGCCGCUGCGGCCGGCUGAGUCGGCGGUGGAGAUGUCGGCGCCGACGAUGGAGGAGCGGAAGGCCUGCUGGGGAGCACGGGACGAGUUCUGGCAGUGCUUGGACAGGCACGACGACAACGCUGGCAAGUGCGAGAAGCUGCGGGCGGCCUUCGAGUCCCUGUGCCCGGCGCUAUGGGUUAAGCAUUUUGACAGAAGAAGAGACUUUCUAAAAUACAAAAAAAAGCUUGAAACAGAAGGGUAUCAGCCUACAGAAGCUGCUGGGAAGUCUUAGGACACUGCUUGCAAAAGAAACCUAGUGAGAAAAACUAUGAAAGGAAGAAGCAUGGGAAAGCAACAAAAGCUGCUUGAGCUCAAGAAUUCCCUGAAACACAGGCUGCAGCUCUUCUUGUUGCAAGGCCUCAUGUGUAUGCUGAAAAUAGACGGUCGUGGACAGCUUCUUCAUGAGUCUGUCAAAGAAAUAUGGUGCAGGGCUGUUCACAAGUCUAAGGUUUUGGAUGUAUCACAGGAAUAAAUGAUUAUCUGUACAAUACACUGCUAAAUAUUCUAAAGAGAACAAUAAAAAUGGUUUUUUAGUAAA